AUGGCCCAACCACCGCAAGAUCUUAGCUACCUUGACUAUGGCGCGCCGCCAAACCGAUCCCCUGGCUCCAGACCUAGCUACACGGGCGCUUUCGGAGGCGGUCUCUCGCUCCCUCGACAGACUCAACGACCCUUCGAUCCCCCCAUGGGGUCCACCGCUCUUUACCCAUCCGACAGGCAUGGCGGCUACCACCCGCGAGGCAUGGACAAUAUGAACAAUGGCGGCGGGAUGCCCAGUUACUUGCUCGACAACAACCACCAGCACUGGUCUCAAGGAGGCAGUGGCGUUGCAACCGUGAAUGGGGCCGUCAAUGGACCCAGCAGACAAAGAAGUGUCGGCCGCCGUGCAGCCCUCCCCCAGAACUGGACAGAUCACGGAGGCAUGGGGUUGUCGUCCAACAUGCAGGGCUUCCCAAGUGGCCUCAAUGGCCUCGGCAACGGAGGCCUUCGCGUCGAACAUCCAGGCACCCACGCUUCUCCUUCCGACCUCCGCUCGACCGCUUCGGACGGUGACCAACUCAUCCCGACCGCAAUCGUUAUCAAGAACAUUCCAUUCGCAGUUCGAAAGGAAACACUGGCUUCCAUCAUGCUCGAACUCCACCUUCCCCAGCCGUAUGCCUUUAACUAUCAUUUCGACAAUGGGGUUUUCCGAGGUCUUGCAUUUGCCAACUUCCAGUCUGCCGAGGACACUAGAAUUGUCAUUGAGGCCAUGAACGGCAUGGACGUCCACGGCAGGAAACUGCGCGUCGAGUACAAGAAAAUGCUACCAGAGGCUGAGCGUGAGCGCAUUGAGCGUGAGAAGCGUGAGAGGCGCGGGCAGUUGGAGGAACAGCACCGAGCACCCCUCCUCCAUCAACAAAGCUCCAUCCAGUCGCUUGGAAGCAUGGCGCAGGCCCAGGCAAGGGGCACCCCGAGCCAUUCAGGUAGGUCUUUCCGGUCCCAAAUAAAUAUAACGAUGUACAAAUGUGCUAACAUAUGCAACUUACCAGUCGAUGCAGGCGACAUUGACCUCAACGACCCUCAGACCCUCGAAUUUUACACCGAGCUGGCCAUGUUCAAGAGGGACGAGUCGCGCGAGAUCCUCAUCUUCCCUGCCGGAAUCGCACCUGAGCAUCGACGUUCCAUUCACAUCCUCGCGCAUCACAUGGGGUUGGAACAUCAAUCCAUUGGUGAAGCUGAUUCUCGUCAGCUUACUGUGCUGAAGCGACAGCCUUCACCCAAGGCCAACAACGCCCCUGCUCCUUCCUCUUCCCUGGACAUGCAUAAGAGGGGCUUAAGCCGAGCUGCCACGUUUGACUUUGCUGCUGAUCGUGAGUCUCGAGGAGGCAACAGCAACCUCACACAUGUCAUGGGACGGCAGGGCCCUACUCUUGAGCUUCCCGGUAGCCCCGACGGCAACGCGAUCCCCAACAACCUGCGCGCUGCCAAGAGUUUCGCCGACCUUCGCUCCUUCACUCCCAGCCCUUCGCAGGCUUCCUCCAGCUACCUUGCCCCCGGCGGUGGAAUGGGUGGACAGUCCGCAGCACGAUAUGGCGAUUAUAUUAGCAGCCAUCCCGGCAGCUCCGGGACACCCGGUCCCAAGGAUAACGGCCUCAUCAGUGGUCUGAGCAACUUGUCGCUUGGUGCUUUUGACCCCAACACCCUUCAGACCCAGUCGCGCAGCACCCCUGGAGCAAUUGGCAGCCAGCGUCCCGGCGCCAACGGUAACUCCAAGGGCGCACCCGAGAGGCAGCCUCGGGGCCCUGAGUGGGAAACAUCCACCGGUUUUGGUGGACGCGGUCGAUCUAACGGUCAUGUGCCUCGCGGUAGUGACUCUUCAGACAACGGAGCUCGUGUCGCAACGAGCUCAUCCGGCGUCUCGAGGUUUCACUAA